UGCGUGAUUGUGAUCCAAAAAACAUCGCACAAUAACACUGUUCUGCGUUGUAAGGCUCGCUCUGCAUCCCAAUUGGAUGCGUUUGUUGCAAGUCCACCGAAUCUUCUUUUUGUAGCACUCGUGCUUUAUGAAUUUGUAAUCGCCGACGUGCACUACCAUAUGUCCACGUUUGGAGAGGCCGAAACGAACUAUAACAGGCACAUUACACGUGUCACCAUCUACAGAUUAUUAAAACAUUUGUACAUUUCAGUUGGCUUGAUCGGAACGGGAAUCGACUGUUUCGCAUCAUAUUGCCUCAGCAAGCAAGGGAAGAUGGGCAUCAACGUUGGAGGCUACAGGUUCAGAUUCAACGGCUGCGCUAGAAACGGGAAGAUCCGAUGGAGGUGCUCCAGAGGUCCAUGGUGUAAAGCCGCCCUUCAUACUUACAGGGGCAGGAUAGUGUACAUACAGAGCACACAUAAUUGCGGCCCUAAGCCUCCUAGCUAAGGAUCAUAUCAUAAAUCAUAAUCAAAUAAUAUAUUACGAAUAAAUAUUCUUACAGUUUAUAUAUCUAUCACAUGAUAGAGUGGAUGUAUUUGAACUCGAAACAUUUCUUCUUCACAUCCAGAUCUAUCACAGACUCUGUUGAUAUAUAUAACAUAAUAACUACUUUUUUGUCAAGAGAGAGAGGAGUCCUGUUAAAUUCCAAUAUAAACGGUGGCUUUAUACGGCCACAGUUUAUAUUGGAAUAGCACACACACGGUUGGCUUUUCAUUCUUCGACUGUGUUGGGAAUCAAUUUAAAUUUUCGGCUAUGUCUCGGUUCUAUUAGUGAGAAAGUAGAUGCCAACAUACAACGCAUGAUAAAUUAAUAACUAUUACGUAAUAAUACUAUAUUAGCAGACGUUUAUUUUAAAUUUAACUUUUUUUCACCAAAAUACACCGUCUCGAACCGGCGAAGGGAUAUUGUUAGGUACCAGGAUAUAAUGACUAAAUAGCGCACAUAUUUAUUGUUCGGCUAUGUAUUUCACUAUAUCGAAACGUCACUAAAAUACUUAAUUGACUCUCGUGGUGAUUUUAGUCCACAAGUGUUUUUUUUGUGAUACUUCUUGUACAACAAGAGCUCACAACUGAAGGUUAAACCAUGCUCUAGUAUUUUUGUAACUACAUAAUAUAUCAAUAGAAAAUAAGUGUGUUACGUAGUAUAGACGAUGUGUAUAUGUUAUAUUUUAGAAAUGUACGCUCGAUGGGAUAUUUAGGAGUAUUUUUGUAAUAUAUUAAAUCGAUUAACCGACAAAGAAAAUUGAAAAUAACGCCAACCUUUUUUUUUCUUCAACCAUCAACGAUUAA